GUGAUGAAAAUGGAUACAUCAAGCGAUAUUUUUCAGUCUCGACAAUACAAAUUGAAUCGUAUACUGCUUUCUAUGCUAGGACAAUGGCCUUUUCAAAAGGAAAGAUAUAAGCGCGGUAUCUUUGUUACAGUGGCAUUUAUUGGCAUAACGCAGUUCAUCACUCAGGUACUCGCCUUAGUAACAUUACGCCACAAUGUAGACGUAAUAUUCGAAGCCAUAGCACCGCUUUUAGUAAAUUCUCUUUGCGUCGUUAAAAUAACGAAUUUUAUUUACAAUACGAAGGAGAUUAAGAUACUUCUUAUGCAUGUACAAAAAGAUUGGCAGUCGUGGGUCAUCGACAGAGAAUUCGAAAUUUUGCAUCAGUUUGCCGAGAAAGGAAGAACCAUUACAAUUCGUUAUGCCACUGGCAUAUAUGCUUUCGGCUGUCUAUUCCCGUUCUUGGCAAUAAUUCCGAAGAUCGUUGGCAAAAAUGUAACGUCCGCAUAUUCAACACGACCAGUGGGAUUUCCAUAUCAUGUCGAAUAUUUUGUAGACCUCAACAAAUAUUAUUACCCCGUCCUGAUUCAUAAUUAUCUAGCCACAUCGAUUCGCCUCACGAUCAUAGUUGCAACUGAUACCUGCACGAUUAUUUUGAUUAUACAUUGCUGCGCAUUGUUUGCAAUCAUCAGAUAUCGAUUAGAACAUAUACGAAUAUCCAUCGAACAAGACAAGAGGCUCGCUUUUCUCGAGGAAGAUGAAAAGAUGUACAAGAAUUUCGUAUACUGCAUUAAAAAACAUGAAGAUGCCAUACAAUUUGCGAACUGUGUGGAGAAUAUUUUCAAGAAUGCGCUUUCCGCGGAAGUCUGUAUAACCGUAUUCAUGAUGAGUUUGUCAGCUUUACAGGCGACCACUGAGACUCUCACGCCACAGCUCGCAAUUCGACAUGGGGCAUAUAUACUCGCUCAAUUAUUGCUUCUAUUUCUUAAAUGUUGGUUAGGACAACAAAUAAUCGACCAUAGCGAUCGUGUAUAUUCAUCAAUUUAUCGAGGCGAAUGGUACGAAGCAUCAACCAAAUCUCAAAAACUCUUAAGCAUGAUAAUGUUGAGGAGUAGCUCACCUUCUACCUUGACCAUUGGAAAAAUUAUGGUCCUUUCUCUUCCCAGUUAUAGCGCAAUCGUACGUGCAUCUGCUUCGUAUUUUACAGUCUUACGAUCUGUACGAUAAUGUAAAACUCUAAAAAUAUAUUUUCUGAAAAGUAUAAUAUUAUCGAUGUAAAAAGAUGUAUAAUAGAAUGUGCUACUUACAUUCAAAUUGAAAUAAUUUAAUAAAAUCUAUAUAUCUAC